AUGCCCCUAAUAUUGACCAGACUGUGGUAUCAGAGGUUCUCUGCAGCUCGACACGCGUUCUGCCAUUCGGAGCGAAUCAAACUCGAGCUCUGGAAUCAUCCAGCCUCUCUCACUUCAUUACACCACUCGCGGACUCUGGUUGGGAUCUCAAGCCCGUCUCAGAUGGAGCGCCCAGCCAAACGAGCACGGCUGUCACCGGACACAGCUACAGAAGAUGAGUCCCUACCAGGCCGAGUCUCUACGCCUUUGGUUUCUCUUCAUCGGUCUAUCACACCGCCGCCAAGGGCUCGUUCACAACCCCAAGUGGUGGCCAACUCCUUGUGUCCCGAUCUGAAGAGCGAUCAACUCGAGGGCGACAAGAGUCAAACAAUUGAGACUAGCUCUACAAGAGAGACCCAUCGUCUGAUCUCAUCUCCCAUCCAGCUCACACAUAUUCGUGAUUUUCUAGAGUCGAGAGGAUACAAUAUUGACACAGUCAAACUACGUGACAUCCUCGGCGACCCGAUGAUCCGAGAGUGUUGGCAGUUUAACUACCUCUUCGAUGUGGACUUCCUCAUGUCGAAUUUUGACGAGGAUGUCCGGAGCCUGGUGAAGGUGAAAGUGGUGCACGGAUCUUGGGAGCGAGAAUCUGCGAAUCGAGUUCGUGUGGAGGAAGCAUGUUCACGAUAUCCAAAUGUCGAGCCUAUCAUCGCGUACAUGCCUGAGCGGUUCGGGACGCAUCAUUCGAAGAUGAUGAUAAUUUUACGACAUGACGAUCUAGCCCAGGUCGUGAUUCAUACGGCAAACAUGAUCCAUGAAGACUGGUCCAAUAUGACUCAAGCAGCGUGGCGAUCUCCAUUACUUCCAUUGCAAAAGCUAGGUACCCCAGCAACAGCUUCUACGAAUCCAGAAUUUGCCACUGGAGCGCGAUUCAAGAGAGACCUACUGUCUUACCUCAAAGCGUACGGUCCGAAGAAAACAGGGCCACUGGUUCAGGAACUCAAUCGGUUUGAUUUCGACUCGGUUCGUGCAGCGCUUGUCGCGAGUACACCUUCCAAGCAGGUGUUCAGCAACCUUGAUUCUGAUAAAACUACGUUGUGGGGCUGGCCAGCACUAAGAGAUCUCAUGGGCCGCAUCCCAAUCCAAUCCCAAACCAAGAAGGCCAAUCAAAGUCCCACCGUGCAACCGCAUAUUGCCAUACAGAUAUCCUCAAUAGCCUCCCUCGGCCAGACAGACAAAUGGCUCAAAGGGAUAUUCUUCAAAGCUCUGGCCCCGACACCAAAAUCCUCGCCGCCAAAGUACUCCAUCAUAUUUCCUACCCCCGAUGAGAUCCGCCGCUCGCUAGAGGGGUAUGGCUCGGGUGGCUCAAUCCACAUGAAAACACAGAGCGCUCCACAACAGAAACAACUACAAUACAUGCGGCCACAUCUCUGCCACUGGGCCGGCGACGGGGGGUCAUCUACAUCUAACUGUAUCGACCUAUCGGGAGAAACACCUCUAAAGCGAGAGGCUGGUCGGGCUCGGGCGGCUCCUCACAUCAAGACGUAUAUUCGGUAUACGAAUGCGGAGACUUUGGAUAGCAUUGACUGGGCGAUGGUCACAUCGGCGAAUUUAUCCACGCAAGCCUGGGGCGCGGCGGUGAAUCCGAGUGGUGAGGUGAGGAUUUCGAGCUGGGAGAUUGGGGUUGUUGUUUGGCCGGAGCUAUUUCUGGAUGGGAAGACCACCAAAACGGAGGGAGCAGGUUCGGCGACUGCGCUGAUGGUACCUUGCUUCAAACGCGAUCAGCCUGAUGGCCCUCCGCCGGACAGUGUGGCCUCGGAUGAGGCCCUGACCGUAGUUGGCUUCCGGAUGCCGUAUGACCUCCCGCUGACGCCGUACAGCGCCUCGGAUGAACCGUGGUGUGCAACAGCAUCGCACCACACGCCGGACUGGCGCGGACAAAGCUGGAUAAACUGA